CACGAGAAACUGAAGUGAGAGAUGAAGUCAGCGGUGUCAUCACUACUUAGCUCCAAGAAUUCUGCAUUCUCACGCAGCUUUCUUCAACAUUCAUCAAAACCCAUUUCUCAGACAACAUUCUUAAUCUCAAAUAUUCCCCAAAACACCAGAAAUCUGUACAAUCAAAGUUACCCAAAGCUGCAAAUCAGACCCAUCUCAACAGAAUCAUCGGUAAUGGCAUCAGCUUCCAUGUCUGAGCUAGCCAGGGAACCCCCUGCCCUUCCUCUUCCCACCCCUCCUCUCACCAAGUUCAAGAUUGGGCUUUGUCAGCUGUCGGUGACGCCAGAUAAAGAGAGGAACAUAAAGAAUGCUCAGAAGGCCAUCGAGGAGGCUGCUCAAAAGGGUGCCCAGCUUGUUCUUUUGCCUGAAAUAUGGAACAGCCCGUAUUCGAAUGACAGCUUCCCUGUUUAUGCUGAAGAUAUCGAUGCAGGCGGUGAUGCUUCUCCUUCUACGGCUAUGCUGUCUGAAGUCGCUAGUCACCUGAAGAUCACAAUAGUUGGCGGUUCUAUACCCGAAUGCUGUGGCGAUAAGUUGUAUAAUACUUGUUGUGUCUUUGGUUCCGAUGGAACGCUCAAAGCCAAGCAUCGCAAGAUUCACCUUUUCGAUGUCGAUAUUCCCGGGAAGAUUACCUUUAUGGAAUCGAAGACACUUACUGCAGGGGAGACUCCUACUGUUGUGGACACAGAUGUUGGACGUAUCGGUAUAGGAAUCUGUUACGACAUUCGGUUUACGGAAUUAGCAAUGAUUUAUGCUGCAAGAGGUGCUCACUUGAUAUGCUAUCCUGGAGCAUUUAACAUGACAACUGGGCCAUUGCAUUGGGAGUUGUCGCAGAGAGCAAGGGCUAUGGAUAAUCAGUUAUAUGUUGCAACUUGUUCACCUGCUCGAGAUCCUAGAGCCGGUUACGUGGCUUGGGGUCACUCAACACUUGUAGGACCUUUUGGGGAAGUUCUGGCCACGACUGAACAUGAAGAAGACAUACUAAUAGCAGAGAUUGAUUAUUCGAUACUCGAGCAACGAAGGGCAAGUCUUCCCUUCACAAAACAACGGCGAGGCGAUCUUUACAAGCUGGUCGACAUCCAGAGGCUCAACUCUCACUGAUGUAAGAGGGGAGGAGAGAACCUUGUGAUGAAACUCAUCGAUACGAGAGUUUUCGUUCGAACUCCAUUAAGAGUCCUUUGUUAAUGGAACUCAUCAGUUUAUGAAUAUUGUUUUUUCAAAAAAGUUUGUAUUAACCAAAAUAAAAUGAUCUAGUGAGAUGAUAUAUUAUAUUCCUAAGUAAGAUUAAAAGUUCAAUUCUUGACGCGAAUGGAA